CUAGCAAAACAAUGUUUUUAUUAAAUCCGUCACUUAAAAUUCUUUAAAAAAUGUUAUUAAAGUGUUUUUAUAUUAUAAAGCAGACAUACAUAAAACUGUGAUUAAACCUAUACAGGGUUUAGAAUGUGAAUUGUAUCAGUUAUUCAAAGUAAACUCAAUUCUAACCCUCUCUUAUAGUUUUCCUGCUUGUGUGAUGAGAAAUCAUCUUAGAUGUUCUAUUCAUACCGUAGUAUUGUUUAUUUAGCUUUCUACUGUUCAACCUUUUUCAUAAAAGCUAUAACUAUACAGAAGACUGAUUUUUUUGUUUAUCACCAUAAGGAAAAUCAUCCAUCCUGUGGUUAUGACAAACAAUUUAUAUUACCAAAAAGAAGUUGUUGGAAGUCAUCUUCAUUAGAAGAUAGUAGUGAUACUGGGAAGUUGGCUAAUAUGGCUGGAACAAAUGGAUUUUACCGACCAAGAAGUGCCCUGGCUCGGGCUUUUUAUGAAAAACAGCGGAAUGACAGACAUCUGCAAGAAUUGGACCAAAAUGAGUGGUAUCGAGUGGACUCCACUCGUCUAUCUCCAGAGCUACGCCAGAAGUUCGUACAACUACAUUCAGAUGAAGAAACCAAAGAGUUCCUAUCGACAUCCAUCGAUAAGUCGUCGUGGGUGUGGACGCAGAUCUGGUAUCUGCUAGCGAAGGCUGUGCUCAAGCAUUUCUGGUCCAUCACAGAUAUUAAUGGGUGGCUCGGGCGUGGCUCAAUGUUCGUGCUGUCAGAAGCCCAGGCUCGGUUGUUGCUGCACUCGGCAAAGACGGCCGGCAAUGCAGCAGAAACUUUAGUGGACGUUGGCGCUGGUGACGGCGAAGUCAGCCGACGCUUCGCUAAUCUAUAUUCAAUUAAGUACGCGACUGAAAUAUCUGGGAGUAUGCGGAAAGCGCUAAGCAAUAAAGGAUACACGUUGCUGGAUACGGAAGAAUGGUGGCGUGAGCAGCAGUUCGAUUGCGUGUGCAUGCUAAACCUUCUAGACCGGUGCAGUAAGCCGAAGACGAUGCUAAAGCAAGCGCGGGCUGCCCUCGCCCCAGGCGGUGUUCUGAUGCUGGCGCUCGUACUACCAUACAAACCUUAUGUAGAAGUUACUCCGGACCAUAAACCAGAAGAGCGGCUUCCAAUCCAAGGCGAGAAUUUCGAAGAGCAGCUUAGUUCUUUUGUCGAGUUCAUGGGGGAAUGUGGCUUCCAACUGUCCUCGUGGACCCGUACCCCCUACCUCUGCGAAGGUGACUUCGCGCAAGCCUACUACUGGCUCGACGACUCUGUUUACGUGUUCACACCCAAACCUAUCGAGUCACACACGUGAAACUCUCAUUUUUAAACAUUCCCUGUUUACCACGUCUUUAUAAACUUUGUGUAUGACCAUCAAAUCAAAGUAUUUUACCAUUAUUAUGUUAUCAUAUAGACAUUUUUACACAUACACAUACAUUUUUAUAAACCAAUAAAAAUCGAAGCAUAUCAUUUAUUUUAUUAAUCGUGUCUUAUCACCAAUAAUUUUAUGAUUAAUAAAGAAUUAAGACCCGGUUAAUAAUAUAAAUAAUGCGUA